CUUAUGGAGCCGAGAGCUCGCGCAGCCGGGGGAAAACUCCUUUGAAACCGCGAGGAACUCCGCUAACAAAAGGGAGGAAGGAGAGGAGGGGCGAGCGAGGGAGCUAUGCGAGACGAGGCAGCUUCUGUCGCCGCCAAACUGAGGCUGGCGCUUCCCAAGAUGAGAGCGGAAGGCAGAUGGGGGGCAGCCCGCAGACGGUCGUCGAGCAAGGGGAAUUGAGUCAAAUUAGCUUUGCAGACGUGCCUUUCUGUGAGGUGCACCUCCCGGAGUGAAAUAUAAUGGUGGACUGCAGCCAUGCCAGGUGCUGACACAAUGACAGCGAGCACAGUCACCAGCGCGAGCAUCAAGCAUAAUACCAGUGUUUGCAAAAGUACUGAAAGGAUAAGGUUUGCAAGUCUAAAUAAUACAACCACAAAGACAGCAUUUUCUGGUGAGCCUUCAGGGAGGAAGGAUUGGGUCAGCACUGCCACCACGUCUGAGCUGGUAUAUCAAAGAGAGCCACCUGCUGUGGCAAACAGCACCUUGAAAGCACUGGAGAACUUGAUGUUGGACCCAAGACUGGAUUAUUUUCAGCAGAACAUGCUUAGUCCCAAGAUAAUCAUUGGUGACCCAUCUGUAGAUCUCAACAUUCGGGAAAGUAGCAGGAUCAUCAGAAAGCAAAUGGGAGGCACUCAAAACCUUAGGGCUGUUGGGAAAGUUAGUUUGAAAAAUAAGCCCUUGAGUAUCAAGGAUAAGAUUUCAGAGUGGGAAGGGAAAAAGGAAACAGCAUCCUCUGUCUCCAGCUGGAAGGAGGAAGACCAAGGAGUUAAGGAGGAUAUCAGUUCUUUUUUGGGCACAGUGGAGAAGAUGACCAGGGAGAACACAGUAACAAGGGAAAUAGAGACCAGGAGGUUUCUAAACCGCCAGGUAGAAUGUAAAGGGGCAAGCAAAGAGAAUGAGAGACGAUCAGGAACUUUAAAAAGUGCUGGGCAGCCUACUGAGAGAAAGGUAGACUUGAAGCUAAGGGAGGAAGAGCCCGCUUCCAACAUUGGCAAAGGCACUGAGUUGAAGGACAGUAAGAAAGAGGUCCAGAAGGAGAAUGUGUCUGUUCUGAGUCAGGUCAAGAAGCUGGAGCAGGCCUUGAAAGGUGGAUCAGUUGAGCUGCAGCCACAACUACCUGGUACUUAUUAUUCCCCGCAUUGCCUGCAAGAGAAGACUGAUGAGGGUCAGGGCCUCACUGAAGGCCAGGAAAAUGUUGGCCGGCCAGAGCUCAGCAGGCGCCUCCUUUCUGUGGAUUCCGAAGCUAGUGAGCCAAUCUUUGGGACUCUGGAAGAGUUGAAAGCGCCUCAUGCAAAAUGCAAGCCCAGCAAUGAGGAAAAUGUGUAUACAGAGCCAGGAUUGCCGGAGAAGAAACCUUUUAUCAAUCCACUCCCCAAGCCCCGGCGGACUUUCAAGCAUGAGGGCGAGGAGGGAUGGGCUCCUCCAGUUAGGAAUAAGAGGAACUUGCCCCCUCUGCCCUCUAUUCCACCCCCUCCUCUCCCUUCUUCGCCUCCCCCUUCAGCUGUCAGCAGGAGACUGAGGAAUGGAAAGCACAAGGCGAAUGCUGAUCACAGGAAGUCUUAUGAAUUUGAAGACUUGUUGCAGUCCUCUUCUGAGAAUGGUCGGGUGGAUUGGUAUGCUCAAACCAAGCUGGCCCUCACACGCACUUUAUCAGAGGAAAACGUCUAUGAAGAUAUUCUAGAUCCGCCAGCAAAAGAGAACCCCUAUGAAGAUAUUGAGACAAAUAGUCGUUGCCUGGGGAAGAAAUGUGUCCUGAACUUUCCAGCGUCUCCUUCAUCUUCAGUUCCUGGCACACCCACAAAGCUGCUCUCCAAGCCUAUCUUCUUUCGGCAAAACUCUGAACGGCGGAGUUUCAAAUUGUUAGACAUACGGAAAUCGAAUCGGGAUGGGGCAUGUUCUCCUUCCAAAAUCAGUCCCCCUUCCACUCCUAGCAGCCCUGAUGACACGUUCUUCUCCUUGGGGGAUCCUCAGAAUGGCAAGAGGAGGAGAAAAAUUCCUAAGCUGGUGUUAAAAAUCAAUGCCAUUUAUGAGGCACGAAGAGGGAAGAAGCGAGUCAAGAGGCUGUCGCAGUCCACAGAGAGCAGCUCAGGAAGAGUUACUGAUGAAAACAGUGAAUCAGACAGUGAUACAGAAGAGAAGCUCAAAGCUCACAGCCAGCGUCUGGUUCAUGUGAAGUCUCGCCUGAAACAAGCCCCCAGAUACCAAAGUUUGGAGCGGGAUCUGAUCGAGUACCAAGAGAGGCAGCUCUUUGAAUAUUUCGUAGUGGUGUCAUUGCAUAAGAAGCAGGCUUGUGCUCCAUAUGUCCCUGAAGUUACCCAGCAAUUUCCAUUAAAGCUUGAACGCUCCUUCAAAUUCAUGAGGGAGGCUGAGGACCAGCUCAAAGCCAUUCCUCAAUUUUGCUUCCCUGAUGCAAAAGACUGGACACCCGUCUUCCAAUUUACCAGUGAGACCUUCUCAUUUGUCUUGACUAGUGAAGAUGGCAGCCGAAGGUUUGGAUACUGCAGAAGGCUGCUGCCCAGUGGGAAAGGGAAGCGUCUUCCUGAAGUUUACUGCAUUGUGAGCCGCCUUGGAUGUUUCAACCUCUUUUCAAAGAUCCUGGAUGAGGUUGAGAAAAGGCGUGGGAUUUCCCCUGCUUUGGUGCAGCCCCUCAUGAGGAGUGUCAUGGAGGCCCCUUUUCCAGCUCUGGGACGAACCAUCACCAUAAAAAACUUCCUGCCUGGCUCUGGGACAGAGAUAAUAGAGUUGCGUCGACCUCUGGACUCAAGGCUUGAGCAUGUGGACUUUGAGUCCUUGUUUUCCUCACUCAGCAUCCGGCACUUAAGUCGAGUCUUCGCUUCUCUGCUGUUGGAGAGAAGGGUGAUCCUUAUAGCAGACAAACUCAGCACCUUGUCAAAAUGCUGCCAUGCCAUGGUGGCCCUCCUGUACCCCUUCACGUGGCAGCACACCUAUAUUCCGGUGCUCCCCCCUUCCAUGAUUGACAUUGUAUGCUCACCAACUCCCUUUCUGAUUGGUCUGCUCUCCAGCUCGCUGCCCCGCCUCAAGGAGCUGCCAGUGGAAGAGGUCCUUGUGGUUGACCUGGUUAAUAACCGGCUUCUCAGACAGAUGGAAGAUGAAGACUCUAUAUUGCCUCGGAAGUUGCAAGGAGCACUAGAACACAUCCUGGAGCAGAGGAAUGAGCUGGCAAGCGACAAGGAGGAAGGGGCUCUCAAUGGCACACAGGUAGCAUCACCAGAAUCCAGCCCCUUGAACGAUGUGGUGUCAGAAGCUUUUGUCCGCUUGUUUGUGGAGAUUGUGGGACACUACUCCCUUUUCAUGACUACCACAGAGAAAGAAGAACGGGUCCUGCAGCGAGAGGCCUUCCGGAAGUCAGUCUCCUCAAAGAACCUCCGGCGAUUCCUGGAAGUCUUCAUGGAGACUCAGAUGUUUGGUGGCUUCAUUCAGGAAAGAGAGUUGCGAAAACAGGGUGCCAAAGGAUUAUUUGAGGUACGUGCCCAGGAGUACUUGGAAACCCUUCCCAGUGGAGAGCAGAGUGGUGUCAAUAAAUUCUUGAAAGGGCUAGGUAACAGAAUGAAAUUUCUCCACAAGAAAUAAGAUGUCAGAAUACCACUGUUGCAGGGAGAAAGGAUCUUGACUUUUACACUUCAACAAAUGCUGAAUGGAUGCUUUUAAAACCAGUUCCCAUUUGGCUUGCUCCAAAGGUGGGGAAAGUCCAGCCCGGGAGGCAGGCUUGCCUUGGACUUGCGCUUCUAAGCAAAACUGACCAGUGGCCUCCUAAACAGUGUUAAGGGGAUCGUGAAGAUGUUGCCAGACCUGGUCUCUGGCCUGCUACAAAGGACACGCACUGGACAAAGCACUCUAGGAACUCUCUCCAUUAGAACUUUGCAGACCUUCACAGUGGUUUUUAUUUGUUAGUUAUGAAAUGUUUCGAACUGUUCCUUAUUUAUAUUGAUGUUAGGAAGACUAUUAGCUAGUGGCCCUUGUCCUGGCUCCUUUCCCAUGUGGUAGCAGGGGCUUGCGGGAUGGAGGCUGCAUUGACCUGGACCAUCAGGUCAUGAAACAGCCAGAGGACAGGAAAGGGGAAGUGCAGAGGACACUGUGGGCAGAUACCAUGAGGAGAUGAGCCUGAAGAGGGAGAGGCAGAUGAGGGGAGGGGGGUGGGCAGACCACUGAAGUGGCUCAGAACAUUUCACCCAACCAAGCAGGCAACAGGUGACAGAAGAUUUGUUGCCCCUCCUGGAGUCUGAGGAGAUGUACAUACCCCAAAGCUAAGAGACUCAAGUGGUGUAAUUAAA